AUGUUGUAUACGGAGGGUGUUCUUACGUAUCAUGCGUAUCGUAAGAAUAAUUUCGAGAUGAGGGUUAUACUACUAUGGACCGUCAGCGACUUCCCGGCUUAUGCAAUGUUGUCAGGUUGGAGCACGCAUGGCAAGUURGCCUGCCCAUAUUGCAUGGGGGAGGUGGAUUCCUUCCAGUUAGAAAAUGGAGGGAAAUCAUGUAAUAGGGUGUUAACUGGUCCACCACCUGAAGUAACCGGUGAAGAGAUCUGGGAGUUCGUUCGUCACCUUCCAACUGCUUAUGAGGGUUGCCUGUAUAGUUCAAAAAAUAGAAAAAAUAGUGGGUUCGGAACCAAUCAUAAUUGGGUAAAGAGAAGCAUCUUUUGGGAGUUGUCAUAUUGGAAAACGUUGUUGAUCCGUCACAACCUCGAUGUCAUGCAUAUUGAGAAGAACGUUUUUAAGAAUCUCUAUAACACCGUCAUAGAUACGUCAAAAACUAAAGACAAUGUAAAGGCGAGGAGAGAUGUAGAGAUUCAUUGCGAUCGACGGGAUUUGCACAUUGCCAUGUCAGGCAACAAAGUAGUGAAACCAAAGUCAUCGUACAGUUUGAGAAAACAAGUAAAACAAGUAAAACAAGUGUGUGCAUGGUUGAAGAAGUUGAAGUUUCCAGACGGGUAUGCUUCGAAUAUAGGGAGUUGUGUGAACCUUAAAUAUUCUAGCUUUUAUAGCUUCAAGAGUCAUGAUUAUCAUGUGUUUAUACAACGAUUGCUUCCUAUUGCUUUACGAGGGAUGAUACCAACUUCGAUAUGGGAUGCAAUAACUGAGUUGUGCACAUUCUUCCGUGUGAUAUGUUCAAGGGUAUUACACGUAGAUGACUUGGUUCCAUUGCAAACAAGUAUUGUUCAAACAAUUUGCAAGUUGGAAAAAGUCUUUCCGCCCAGAUUCUUURAUUCAAUGGAACACCUCGUGAUACAUUUGACACGUGAAGCUAUAAAUGGUGGUCUGAUCCAAUAUAGGUGGAUGUAUCUCUAUGAGAGGAAGCUUGGGUCGUUAAAGAGAACGGUUCGAAACAAAGCAAGGGUUGAGGGCUCUAUCUUUGAGUCGUACCUUUCCAYCUUUGAUGAAAAGAUUCGACAAACUGAACCGAAUAUUGAUGAUGUUGAACUUGAUAGAAUUCGGGARGAGAGGUUUGCUGACUGGUUCUCGCACCACGUCAUGUUCGAGUUAAAUGACUCAAAUGAACAAUUAAAAUCCCUAGCACGUAGACCAGUCCAUUAUGCCACCAUGCAUCAGGGAUACUUUGUGAAUGGUUACAAGUUCCAUACGGUGACCCAUGGAUCCGGUCGAGUUACCCAUAAUAGUGGUAUAUGUGUAAGGGGGGCCUGUUAUGACGAGUGUGAGUCUGACUUCUAUGGAAUGUUAGAUGAAGUUACAGAGGUGGAGUAUUAUGGCUCAGUGCGACAGGUGGUUGUCAUGUUCAAAUGCACUUGGUUUGAUACUGCCUCRRGGRUUAGAGUUGACCYUAAACACAAUUUGGUAGAUAUCAAAUAYAAGUCUAGACUUGGAUCCGAUGACCCGUUCGUUCUAKCAUCACAGGCAGAACAAGUCUAUUAUACUUCAUAUCCUUCGAUGACAAAGGAUUUGAAAGAUUGGUGGGCAGUUGUCAAGACAAAGGCUCGUGGCAUAUAUGAAGUGUCCGACAUGAUUAACGAUAUUGAAAAUAAUGAUCAUGUGGAUGGAGAACAUAUCUUUCAAAUCAACGAAAGGGUAACUCAUACAACGUUCUCAUUAGGAAACGAGCUCGAAGAUGUUCGUCUUGCCACAGGAGAGCUAAACGUACUCCAUAAUAUAAAUGAAGAUGAAGGUGGUGACAAAUCGAACGAAGAUAGCGAAGAUGAACCAGAAUUUGAAGACAUAGAUGAUGAUUCAAAUGAUGAAGAUGAACCGAUGUUAUCUGAUCAUUCUUCUGAUAAGUAG